UCUCAGUUCUGCAUUCAACAGACCAUUUUUUCUUCAGAACUCCUUUUUGAAACAUGCUCAGGGCUUGUACUAGUACUACCCUGUACAUACUGGUAUGUUAUGCCAAAAUAUUAUAGGUACCCAGUACAUCUGGUAAAAAAGGUACAUCUGGCGAUUAACAAAAAUGAAAAGCAGCAAAUUUUGAGUAUAUUCUGCAAAGUUCUGAUUAAAAAAACAUUAAAUGAUAUAAAUGAAUUUAGAGAUUAUUAAAACUUCAAGGGAAAUACUAGUAAAAGGAAGGAGGUGUUGACUCAUAAAAAAUGAUUUUAAUGUUAGAUUCAUGAGAUUCACUGUGACAGUCAUACAAAUAACUGCUCCACAUUGAAGAAAUUGUCAUCAACAUCAUACCUUCUGAGGUAUCAUACCUUAUCAAUUUUUGAAAAAAAAAAAAAAAAUGAAGGAAGCCUAAUUGAAUUUGGUGAUUAUCAGAAGAAUACAUGUCUUAUCUGAGAUGUACCUAUUUUGGCAAUCUGCAUAUAUUUUUGUAUUGUGAGGCAUUUCUUAUAUUUCCAAGAAAAUGUACAUUCAUCACACCAAUGAAUGUAUGCUGAUCAGUGCACAAUUUUCUUCUUGUUUAUAUUUUCAGAAUUUCUGUCCUUACCUGUUUUUUAUAUCCUUUAGAAAAAAGAGAGUUAUUGUUCCUUAUCUUAAAGCUUAUUAACCGUGUUGGCUAAUUGGAAGUGGGGAAAAGUUGUACAGAUGUAUAAGCAUAAAGUAAGAUGGCCCACAAACUAAAAUAUUUGAAGAUAGUUGGACUUGACAAACCCAAGCUUGCACUUAUAUUCCCUGAAAUAUUUACUACAGGGAUCUUGCAUAACACUUCAGAAAUGAAAUGUUUAUGCCUUUGUAUCCUGGCUAUUAUAUCGGUUGAAAGUGGCUUUUGACUUCCAAAAUCCAAUCAAUUUUGAAUUGGUGGACUUGUAUGUUCUGCUCUGUUAUUGUUUAGUUUAGCCAAAUUCAAAAGGAAAAGCAGUGAUUAAGCAUUGGCCAGUGAUAUAAUAGUCUAAUGUUUGCUCAGCUUUGACCAAUAUGAUUCAAUGAAUAUCAGCUAUAGCUAAUUAAUCAUGUUUAGAGGUAUCCUCUGCAGGGUUUUUGUGCCAAGUCUAAUUCUAUACACAUUCAAUCUUUUCCUACUCACAAAUCAGUGCUUGACCAGUGUCCCUUAUGUUUUGUACUUAUUCUAAUUAAUUUAAUUUGUUCAAAAUUAAUUAUAAUAUUAUUUUAAGAAAGGAAUAUCAACAUCAGGUACUUUAAUUUGAUUAGUUUAUCAUUUUUAAGGUUUGAAUACUUACAGACAGGUAGCUUUGCUAGGUUUUAGACAUUAAAAUGCCUUUAGGGUAUUUUCAAACAAAUAUAGUAUAUUUUUAUUAAUUAAUCAGAGCAUUUUACCCUUGCGCACUGCAACAAUCACCUUGCUAAGCUUAGGUAUUUGCUCACUAGUAAACAACAGUCAUGUAAAAAACAUUCAUUUUGUUUGUUAAGUUAUUCCAUGCAGGAUUUACUUGACAAAUGGUCUACUUGUGAAAUAUGGCUCAGCCCAUCCCUUCACUUGACAUUCAUGUUUUGUAAUGUUAAGAAAACUUCAUUUUAAAUGAAUCAGGGUUCAUUUGGACCUUCAUGUCUUCCUGGAAUUUCAUAAGGAAAUGUCAACAUCAGGUGCUUUUAUUUGAGGGGUUUUACUAUUUUAGAGUCUGAAUUGGGAAAAGUACAUGUUGGAGAAGGGCAUUGCUUCUGAUGUGAGUUUUAUAGUGGGAGAGGAGCAGGAGCCUAUUCCAGCACACAAGUAUAUGCUGGUCAGUAGAAGUUCCGUGUUCUUUACAAUGUUCUAUGGAACACUGGCAGAAAAGCAACCAGAAAUUGUUGUCCCAGAACUAGAUAAGGAAAGCUUUAUGGUUGUACUCAGGUAUAUUUAUUUUGAAGAGUGCAAUAUUACCCCUCUCAAUGUAAUGGCGGUAUUAUAUGCAGCCAAGAAGUACCUCUUAUCAGGACUGAUUCGCCAUUGUCAGGGUUACUUGCAAGAGAGCAUGGACGAUGAAAAUGUCUGCACAAUACUGGAACAAAGUUUGUCAUUUGGAGAGGCUGAUCUCCUAGACAAGUGCCUGCAGUAUAUAGAUAUCAAUACAGAAACAGUGUUGAAGUGUGAGUCAUUUUUACAUAUCAAGCAAGAAACUUUGACCCUUAUUUUAAGUCGAGAUACUCUGCGUAGUCCAGAGUCAGGUGUAUAUGAAGCAUGCUGCCGUUGGGCAGAAUCAGAAUGCAAAAGACAGGAUUUAGAGCUCAUUGGAACUAAUUUUAGAUUGGUACUAGGGAAUUGUUUGUAUCUUAUACGUUUUCCAUUACUAAGUGUACAGUUUUUCAACUCCAAAGUGGUUCAAAAGGGAAUCCUCCGGGAAGAAGAAUCAAAGGAAGUUCUUGAUUAUUUGAUUACUGGCAAUCGAGUUAAUGUCCCUUUUCCAACCAGCAGGAGGUGCUUGCCUAAGCAGGAAAACUCCAAACUGCAGAAAUGUAAACGGUUUAGAAAUUCAGAAUCAGGAUGGGUGGUUAAUGGUAGGGAAACUGAUGCAAUAGUGUUUUGCUGUGAUACAAAUAUAUUGCUCUAUGGGGUUGGUUUAUAUGGGCCUGAAGAAAAAGGCUUGUCCACCGAAUAUAAUGUGAAACUUCAAAUAUCAGAUUUGAAUGGACUUUGUCUUUAUGAUCGACAAGAUAUAUGCAAGGUGAAGAUGAAGAGUGAUAUAUAUCAGUUUGAUAUGGGAAUGGCUGGGGUGGAGUUAGAGGCUAAUGUAUGGUAUAUACUUAGUGUGGUAAUAAACGGAUUACCAACAAGGAAGGGCUAUGAUGGCCUCAAAUUUGUCAAAUCUGGGAAUGCAUCCUUUGAAUUUGCAAGCACUUCAAGAAGUACCAAUUCAACAGAUGUUGAAGAGGGACAAAUUCCUGAGUUGUAUUUUGCAGAACUGCGAGAAAAAGAUGGGUAAAUGAAAUUAUAAAUUAACAAUUACCCCAUCUUGCCUCGAAAUCAGAGAUGAGAGACAGCAAGUUUAAAGUUUUAUUUGCUUCAAGACCCAAGAUGAUCACUAGCAUAGAUGUAAGUUUUUUUUUGGUAUUUAUAACUUAUUAUGUUGUCUUGAUUGAAAUAAUUUUUGCGAUAUAUUAUUAAAUCAUGUUUUUUAUUUUCAACUCUUUCUGUGCCACAUUUCUUUCAUCCACUACAGUUUAAAUUCUGCAAAACAGCAAAGUAGACAUUCUAGAAUUUAGUUGUUGCAGGUCAUAUGAAAAUCAGGAAAUGUCACAUGAUUAAGCUGCCAUAUUGGUGUUGCAUGAAUUUGGACUAGAUUUUCAUAAAUGAAAUGGUCCUGGUGAAGAAAAUGUUACAGUUCUAGUAAAAUCUGAAGCCUUUGUUGAAAAAUACUUCUGGAUAUUUCUGUGUAUCUCAUAACCUGUUGUAUGAUUUUGAUAAUUUGAUUGUUCAUAUUUUAUAUACUGAUUUUUAAUUACAUUUUUAGCAAAUAUUUCAUGUUUUGUAUUUUAUAGUUUAUCUUGGAGUGUGCACUGUGUGUAACAUAUCUUUACAUUUUAUUGUUCAGUUAUUUGAUAGUGUUAUAAGAGUUAUUGUUAAGUAAUAUAUGCACUGAGAUAUACACUUAAUGUUUUUUACUGUUCAACACUGCUGUGCUGUGAUAGAUAAGUGUGCCAUAGAACCUAGCUUUAAGGUUGAACCAUAUCUGAAACCAUUCUAUUUAAAAAUAUGGAUUUAUAAUUGAGCAAAAAAUAAAAAAAACAUCAA